AUCGAUCCAGGGCUCAUACUGUCACGAUGCCAAGGUGCUGGUUCUCAUGUGGGAGUCGCAAAGACAAGGAGCCUGAAGAAUAUGCCACUGCCACAAGGAACGAAAAGCCGGGUGCCUUGAGUAAUGGGUCUUCCGAGAGACAACAACCUGGCAAGAACGACGGUGAAGGCGGCCCAGCAACAAAACAACCGGAGGCGAACGUUGACCGCACUCCGAAGCUGACCACAUCGCAAAUUCUCUGGAAUGACGCAUAUGACAGCCUGUAUGUCGAGGAGGCGGCUCUUGUAAAGUCUUAUGUGAAGGUCAUGGCGAAGAACCUCCACCCCGAUGAAAAUGGAGGGGCGGACGGUAUCCUGGCAGAAAUGGAUGACCCGGUGGAACGACAACUGGCGAUGGAGGAGCUGGUGAGAGACGGUGUGCAGAAGAUUGCGAGGACAUCGGCCGUCGCAAAAGGGGUCGGCGUUGUGGCCGACGGUUUCUUAAAGGCCAAGGGCUUGAUUGACACCGCGAUCGGGAAUAUUCCACAGGCUGCUCUGCCAUGGGCUGGCGUCUGCGUCGUACUACAGGUCCUCAUAAAUCCGAUGCAAGCCUCGCAGGCGAACCAGGUCGGCAUGGAGUAUGUGGUAGCCAACAUGGAUUGGUAUUGCAGUUUGUCCGAACACAUUCUGAGAAAGGAAUACAUCAAAGUUGGGGAGGAGAACUACGAAGGAGUGCGGGAUCAGUUGAAGAGCACGCUUGUCAAACUCUACAAAGCUCUGCUCUUGUAUCAGAUGAAGAGCGUCUGCUCCUACUACCGAAACCAAGUCGAAGAAUUCCUCCGUCAGAUGCUCAACUUGCAAGACUGGGAUGAAGCUUUGGAGGAUGUCAAGAAAGCGGAGACCGUGGUCAAAAAUUACCUGAAGCAGUUUACCACACUCCAAAUGAGGGACAUGACUGGCAAAAUCGUCAAGGAUGGAGAAGAGAGGAAUGAGCUUCUGAGCGGUAUGCGUCAGGAUAUUCGGAAGCAAAACGAUGAUCAGAAGAAGAUGCAUUUGGACGAUGAGACCGCAAAAUGCCUUCGAGACUUCGAUGCAGUCGACGCUCAGAGCGAGAUGGCGGAUAUUGAAGCGCGCAAGGACACGCUGCUGAAGGAAGCCUACGAAUGGGUGCUCCGGACGGAACAAUACACCGCCUGGACAAGCUGGGAUGUCCAAGAUCCAUGUCGACUGCUGUGGAUCAACGGGCCAGCUGGCACGGGAAAGACCAUGCUCUUGAUCGGCAUCAUUCGGGAACUCGAGAAACAGCUGGGGGCCAACCUGACAUACUUUUUCUGCCAGAGCGCCUCUCAAAACCUCAAAGACGCAACUUCCGCUCUGCGAUCCUUGAUCUGGUUACUCCUGCAAAGACAACCACAGCUCACCUCCCAUCUACUGGCCAAGUACCGAAGCGGAAGCCGAUUCAAUGAUAGUCAAGCCUUCUGGACGCUGAAGAGAGUGUUCCUAGAAAUGCUGGCUGACGAAAGCUUGUCGCCCGUCUACCUGAUCGUCGACGCUCUGGAUGAAUGUGAGGUGGAAACACCGGGAAGAGAACAUUUGAUCGAGCUCAUGUCGGAGUCCCUCCGCGCAACAGACAAGGUCAGGUGGCUAGUCUCCAGUCGGCCCGAGGUCCACGUCUACGAGAAGCUCAAGGAGCGGGACACGCCAGGCACCAUCCGCGAGCUCGACGUUCGGAGCAAAGACGCUGUCAACGCAUACAUCGACCACCAUCUCAGUAAGCUGGCUAAAAAGCCGGGCUACACACCAAAGAUUCAAGAGGAAAUCUCUCGCGAGAUUCGUCAGCGAGCCAUGAAUACGUUCCUGUGGGUGGCCUUGGUGUUCAAAGAGCUCCAGAACACCCCCGGAUUGUAUGCCAUGAGAAAGAUUAAGAAAUGCCCUAAUGAUCUUCUCACACUAUACGACCAUCUGAUGAACCAAGUAGAGAGGGGCCAAGAUGAAGAUCCCAUGUAUUGCCGGAGUGUUUUGGCUGCUGUUUGCCUUGCCUACCGGCCCCUGUCUUUCGAUGAGCUGCACGUCAUCGCUGGCCUGGACCCAGCUGACAUACCGGGCCGAAUUGUGAAAGAAUGCGGCUCAUUCUUGACUGUUCAAGACAAUACCGUCUCACUUGUGCACCUGUCAGCCCGUGAAUGGCUGAUGUCAAAUUUCGACGCACGGCUCCAGAAGUGCGGACCCGCGCAAGUCCAUGCUGACAUCUGUGAACGCUCAAUCGCAGGAUUGUCUGCAGAAGAAUCGGGGCUAAAGCGCAACAUUUGCGACAUCGAGGAAGGGAACCAAUCAGACGAUAUCGUGAUUCCUUAUCCGGAUCCACUAGCUGCUCUACGGUACUCGUGCGAGUUUUGGGUCGAUCAUCUUCUCGAAGUUGGUCAAAUCUCGGACGAGAAUUGUCAAUUGUUCGCUGAUGACGGGGAGAUCUUUUCCUUUCUCAAGGUUCAUUUCCUCCACUGGCUCGAGAGCUUGAGUAUCAUGCAUAAGCUGGCCAGCGGACAAUUGUCAAUCAUCAAACUCCAUAAUUAUAUGAAGUCUUCAUCGAGCAAAGGCGUCAAGUUCGUUAGUUUCUUGAAGGACGCUGAAAACUUCGUCCGCAGGCAUCGGACGACCAUUGAACAGUACCCACUACAGACAUACGGAACUGCGCUCGCGCUCAGCCCCACGAGAAGCCACGUAAGAAACAUGUUCUGGAAGGAGAGGCUGUCGUUUAUCGAGUCUGUCCAGGGUGUCGGUGACGCGUGGGAUGCUUGCCUGCAGGCCUUUGAAUCCCCGACAUUCCAGCUCCCCUCGGUCGCUUUUUCACCGGAUGGAGAGGUCCUCGUUUUGGUUACAUCUGGGCGAGUGCAGCUGUGGGACCUUGCCACUGGUGGCUGCAAGCGAGUUCUGGAGGAGGGAGUCCUGGAGGAGGGCGAUGAGGGUCAUGAGGUUUACGCAGUGGCCUUUUCGCCAGAUGGUAAUACCCUCACUACCGUUGCGAAAAGUGCAGUGCGGUUCUGGGAUGUUACCACCGAGGCUUGCAAAAAGACCCUUGACUUUCCAGAUGGAUCCAUUUCAGCAGCGGCCUUUUCACCGGACGGUGCAUGUCUUGCUGUGGCUUCCGGUAGAACAAUCUGUCUCUGGGAUACCGCAGGCAUGGUAUGUGACAAGACUCUAGAGGAUGUCGCCGACUACAGGGUGACAUCCAUUGCAUUGUCGCCAGGUGGUAAACUUCUUGCCAUUUGCACAGACAGAGGAGUACAGGUAUGGGAUAUUGCUACUGGGGCAGUGAAACAACAACUACCCAAGUCUCUUGAGGAUAUCCAGUCCGCGGCGUUUUCGCCGGAUAGCAAGACUCUCGCAUUGGGUUCGUGGACCCAAACGGCGAUUUGGGAUUUCGAAAGCGCUACUUUCGGGCAGAAAUCGAAUGGAGACUAUUUCCGUCCCUUCAGUGCGUUCACGACAGAUGGCCGGUUCGUCGCUCUCAAUUCGUAUGGUAAAGUGCAGUUCUGGGAUGCGGCCGAUCCCGUCUGCGAGCAGAUUCUUCGGGGCCGAUUGAGUGACGUUAGAUCAGUCUCCCGCUCACCAGACGCCAACUACCUCGCGUCCGUUGAACGCAACGUGUCUGUGAGACUCUGGGACGGCUCAAUUUGCGAAGCGGAGCAAACCUCGCCAGGGCUUGGCGCUUCAGUCAGUUUCUUGUCCUGCUCUCCGGAUGGUACCGUUCUCCUGUGUGUUUCAACAGGUGCCACCAUGCAACUCUGGACCACUGAUGGUGUCUGCACACAUACACUCACGCACCCCGCCAAAGAAGUCAAGUUCGUCACUUUUUCUCCAGACAGCAAAAUCUUUGUAUCUGCACAGGAGGACACCGUGUGCGUGUGGGACGUUGAGACAGGCAGACUCCUGCACACUCUCAAACACUACGGGGAAGAACGCAUUAUCAAGGUGGUCUUCUCUCCAGACGGUACUACCCUCGCUGGUGGCAGCGUAAAUACCUUACAGCUUUGGGAUCCGGUCACUGGAUCCUCUAGAAACAGUUUCGAGGGCUUCUCAAUCCACGAUGCAUACUUCUCCCCCGAUGGGAAGUUCCUGGCCGCUUUCUCAUUUCAGACGAUCUUCCUACUGAACAUAGCCACUGAUGUCCAACAGACUCUAGACAGCCCCCACCAGAAUGACAUUAUCGAGGCAGCAUUCUCGCCGGACAGCAAGAUCCUGGCCUCUUUGUCCGUUGACGGCACGUUAUGUCUCUGGGAUACUGCUACCGGAACCUGCACCCAUACCUUCAAGCUCGAGGAAGAAGCAAUUGACGCGCUUUCAUUCUCCGAAGACGGCAAAUUCCUGUUGACGAACCUGGGACGAUUGAACCUCGCCGACGGCAAAUUCCUGUUGACGGACCUGGGACGAUCCAGCCUCGACGAUGGCUCUGUCAGUCCGCAGCUGCCGGCAUCCGAGGAAGGGCUGGCAUCUCCCUCGGUGUCUUCUGCCAGACGACCUGCAGUCAAACCGGCAUAUGCAUGGCCUGCAAUUGACGGGCUGAGAUACGACGGCGAGUGGGUGAUUCGGGAGGGGAAGAAUCUUCUCUAUAUCCCUGCGGGUCAACGACCUGCACAUCCAUGGAACUGCUGGAAGAUGUUCAAAAAUAUUCUUUUCAUUGGUGAUGGGUCUGGUCAACUGACGUGUUACAAGUUUUCGUUUCCGUCUUCCUGAUUAGGUAGUUCGUGGGUAUUUCGGAUCACAAACUUAGUGAAAUCCAG